AACGUACUAAUAAAUAAAACUUAUUAUUGGUUUCGAAAUAAUUUAUAGAUAUAAAUGUUGUUUGUAUUGCAUACAUUAAGUAUAUUCAACCCGUAUCUGAUCAUCCGACCGCAACCAAGUUGACUACUAUCACCAACUAUCACAAUAAAAUAAUGUUAUAGGUUAAUUUUAUAUUUUAAAUUAUGAACAUGCAAGGAUUCUCCUCAACAAUCUCCACAGAGCCUGGUCUGAGCCGCAACAAUGAGUUCUACUUUGGUCUUGUCCUGGCAAUCUCAUCAACAGCUUUUAUUGGUUCCAGUUUUGUGAUAAAGAAAAUUGGAUUGAUUAGGCUAAACCGUAGGGGGGCUUUGAGGGCAGGUUCUGGUGGUUUUGGGUACCUGAGAGAUUGGAUUUGGUGGCUCGGCUUAAUAACAAUGGGUGCUGGGGAAUUAGCCAAUUUUGCAGCAUAUGCUUUUUCACCUGCAUCAUUGGUUACACCAUUGGGUGCACUAAGUGUUUUGGUGUCAGCUAUUUUGGCUUCUAAAUAUUUAAAUGAAAAUCUUAAUUUGCUGGGAAAGUUGGGAUGUGUUCUGUGUAUAUUGGGUUCAACUGUGAUUGUGAUACAUUCACCAAAAGAGGAGACUGUGGAGAGUUUGGAUGUGCUAAUGGAAAGAUUGAGGACAUCAGGAUUUGUUGUUUACUGUGUUAUCAUUGUAAGCCUUUCGUUUGUGAUUAGCUUUUACUUGGGACCAAAGUAUGGUGAUCAGAAUGUUUUGAUUUACAUUGCACUGUGUUCAGGGAUUGGGAGUUUGACUGUGGUUUCGUGCAAGGGUCUUGGUUUAGCCUUGAAACAGUUCUUCGCUGGAGUAGAAGAUUCCAAUGGUUGGUUGAUGUACCUUUUCUUUAUUACUGUAGUGAUUUGUAUUAUCAUUCAGAUGAAUUACUUGAACAAAGCGUUGGACUUGUUUGAUGCUAGCGUAGUGACGCCAGUUUACUAUGUUUUCUUUACUACUCUCGUUAUCAUUGCUUCAAGCAUUGUUUUCAACGAGUGGAGCAGUUUAGAGGGCGAAGAUAUUUUGGGGAACUUGUGCGGAUUUCUGAUUGUCAUAAUCGCAAUUUUUAUGUUGAACGGUUUCAAAGACGGAUUGCCGCCCAGACAUAAGAGCGAUGAGAACCUACGAUCUGAUCGGUAUCAGGGCUAUCAAAGUAUACUGACGCGGAGCAUUUAAAAUCUCUUCACACUUCAAUUGUAUUACCGUACUUGUGCUUUGUCUUUUUUGAUAAUACUUAAGCGGUGAAGACUUUGAUGAAGGUUGUUAAAAGUUGAACUAAAUUAAUUCAUAGAAAGGAGCAAAUAGAACUUGCGGUUUGAUUUUUAUCAAUACUAUCAGAGAGUACUAAUACCUAAAUCCCUCCAAUUAUAUUAAUUAUAUAAAAUUAAGUUGUAUAAAUUAUAUAAUAUUAUUUAAGUAA